CCUUCCUAUAUAAACAUUCCCCUAGUCUGAGCAGAACAUCACAGUUCACAAUAAAAAAGAUGGAGGAAAUAAAGCACACAAUGAUAAGUGUAAACGGGCUCAACAUGCACGUAGCAGAAAAAGGUGAAGGCCCUAUAGUCUUGUUCCUCCACGGCUUCCCCGAGCUAUGGUACUCAUGGCGCCACCAGAUCAACUACAUGGCUGCCCACGGGUACCGCGCCGUGGCUCCUGACCUCCGCGGCUACGGAGACACCACCGGAGCCCCCACGGAGGAUGCUUCCAAGUUCAGCACCCUCCAUGUGGUGGGAGACCUGGUGGUGCUGCUGGAUGGCAUAGCAGCGGAGGAGGAGAAAGUGUUUGUGGUAGGACAUGAUUGGGGGGCGUUCAUUGCAUGGCAUUUGUGCUUGUUUAGGCCUGAUAAAGUCAAGGCUUUGGUCAACUUGAGCUUGGAGUUUAUACCGUGGAAUCCAAAGGGAGAUUAUGCUGAACAAAUGCGUGGGAUUUAUGGGGAUAAUCACUACAUGCACAGAUUUCAGGUGCCAGGAGAAAUAGAAGCUUCACUAGAGCCGAUAGGUAUAAGAAACUUGAUGAAAAUUUUCCUAACAUCUAGAAAUCCUGGUCCUCUCUACUUUCCUAAAGGCCAAAGCUUUAUAAACCCAGAUGCUCCUCCUACUAUAGUAUUGCCUUCCUGGAUAACAGAAGAGGAUAUCGACUACUACGUCAGUAAGUUUGAGAAAACUGGCUUCACGGGUGGAAUCAAUUAUUACCGUGCUCUACAUUCAACUUGGGAACACACGGCAGUCUGGCAUAAGGGUAAGGUAAUGGUACCGACAAAAUUUGUAGUCGGGGACUUGGAUUUGACCUACAAUGUACCAGGCAUUAAGGAAUAUAUACAUGAUGGUGGGAUGCAGAAAGAUGUGCCCUUGUUAAGAGAAGUGGUUGUUCUGGAAGAUACAGCACAUUUCAUUAAUCAAGAAAGAGCCGACGAGAUUAACACACAUAUCUUGGAUUUCUUUCAAAAGUUCUAGCUGCAUUUUACUAGCUCACUUGUGUCAAAUAAAGACAGUUGGCCUACAUCUAUGGUGUUCACCUAGUCCAUCAAGGACAAAUUUCCGGCUUGCUAUUUUCCUGCAUGUCAUUGCAAUUUCUAAAUUACCAGACUCUUGAUACAGCAGUAUCCACAAUGUAAUAAUCUGAGGUGGAGUUUUUAUUUAUAAUGUCAUUUGACCUCUUUAAAUUUUU